AUGGCAUCAGGAGAACAGUUAGAUGCUGUGCCAGAGCCCGACAAAAACAAAAGGCAACUCACCAAACCUCCCACGCCUAUCCAAUUCUUUACAAAUAAUACAUCAGACUGGCAAGAUGCUUAUCCAGGAGAACAAUGGUCAUUUACCAAUACAUUUACGACACCCUUCAGUAGCCCGCCCCAAAUCAUCCCAACCUUCAGCGAUUUCGAUGUUGGUAAUAAUGCGGACGACCAUACGUUUAGGCUUGGCGUCACAAUAAACGAUACGGAUAUUUCAGCAACAGAGGUCAAGUCUACCAUUGCUGGAUGGGAUGACACCACAGUGUACUCGGCAUCUACUAUACUGAUGGCCAUUCCCCCGGUUUCGCCAUUCCAGGCCGAUACUGUAUCUGUUCCAGCGGGUGGGCUUUCUGGUUACUAUGUUACAUUUAAACCCGAGUUUUUUACUCAGCCUCAAGUGUUUGCGACAUUUACUUCUUUAAGCCUGUCCAUCGGUUAUCGCUUAGAGAUUAAUGUUUCGAAUAUUACUAAAACAGGCUUUAUGCUUGAUGUCAACACCUGGGGGAGCCCUGUUCUUAAUUCAGCUACCAUACAAUGGCUUGCUUGGCCUGGAGGUAAUACACAGCUUGGGGCUUAUGAAGUACAUAAGUUUAACCAACUGUCAGAAUCAGUAAAUGGUCAUUUCGACUUUAACGAGAAGUUUACUAAACCACCGAAUAUGUUCAUGGGAAUUAGCAAGAUGGAUAUAGCGGGCUCCGCUAAUGCAAGACUAACUUUAACUACUGAUGCUACUACUAAAAGUUGCAAUUGGGAGUUUAGAACUUGGGGUGAUACAGUAAUUUGGGAGUUAGAUGUUCAUUAUUUAGCUGUUGGAGAUGUAGUUUUCCCUGAAGGCGAGUAG